GUCGAUGCAGAAAAUGUUGUAGUUGUUUUGUUGAAGAUGUUGCAUAUGAUUGGCAGAAGCCGGUAUCACCAUGGAGGGGACAUCUCUGGCCGCAAGUAAUUUGGCCUCAUCCUUGAGUAACCUCUCGUGAACUAUAGUGAUACUCAGUGGAGUAUCUUUACCUUCUAUCUAUUCUACAAUUGUCUUGUAUUAGUCGAUAGGCCAACAAGAAUAAUCUUGAUUCUCAUGAUCAUGUGGUUUUCCAAGAAUAAGCUAGCUUAGACAUCACACGUUGAAGGUAGUCAUCAUGGAUUUGUUACCUUUGGUGUUUCUUCGUUGAUUCAUGAGUUGUUUGAUAUGACAAUGACUUGGUUUGGCAUAUGUAGCAGCUAAAUUUUACCAUAUGUUGAAGCGAGACUGAUGUAGCACCAAGAAGAGCGUUCAGCCUGUCUUGUCUCGUCUUGUCUAGUGGACAUACUCUAGAUUUUUAGUGAUAGCAAUCACCAGUGGUAAGCUUUGCCGGUGGAAACUCCGGGGCGGCAUGGAGAUGGUUUGCAAGACCAUAGCCAUCUAACAAAGCAUGGACUUGUAAUCUCCAUAUUAGGUAGUUUGUGAGCUUAGACACAUUAGACAUGUUGAUGUGAAGAAGAAACUGUUGUUAAGAGAGAUGAUAUAUCGUUGGUGUAUUUAGAUAUUUUUCUAAAAUUUGAUGGAUAUUUUUAGCAACUUUUUUCAUAUUUUAUAAGCUGGCAAAGCAAAUAUCGUUUAUAAAAAAAAUCAUUUAAUGGGCUACGAACAAUGGUGAUUAACUGUUUAUCUUGUCUGGCAGGAAAAACGUGGGAUAAUCAUCUAAACAAAAAUAAUUUCUGCUUUUAAAAACAAAUUAAAACCUAAAACAUGUGCGAGAAAACAGGAAAUUAAUCUGUUCAGUUAGAAGAGAAAAGACGAAACGACCCUUUUAUUGUUUGAAACCAACGAUUCCCUGCAAGACAUCGACAAUUCUGGAAGUUGCAGAGAAGCCAAGGAAAAUAGAUGCCAAAGCAACCGGCAAGAAAAAAACAAAACUAUACGUAAGGAACCUUUAAUGGUCUGAGGAACGAGUUUUUAACGACUCGACUCGCCUCGCCUCGGGUCAUGGGAUGCUGCCAAUCGUCUUUCCUGAAACCGUUGUCAUUGCGUGACAAGAAAACCUCAGGGGAUGUUUCCGCCCGUCGUGGCGGCAAACGCAGUAAUAGGAACAACCGUCACCGUGUUAAUAAUGAAGGCGUAGGUAACGGCAGGGGAUGGCAUUUCUCCACCGUUCCGGACUUCUCCGAGUUCUCAGCAGCGGACCUUCGUGAAGCCACGAACAAUUUCAGCGUAAACGCUGUCGUUUCGGUUUGUUCCGACCAAACACCCAAUGUCGUUUACCAAGGCUGUCUUAAAGACGACAUGCGUCAAAUCGCCGUUAAAAAAUUCUCCAAAUCAACAUGGCCCGACCCGAAACAAUUCGCCGCAGAAGCUAGGGAUAUCGGGAAAAUGAGGCAUAUGAGGCUGGUGAAUUUGAUAGGUUAUUGUUGUGAGGGAGAUGAAAGGCUGCUCGUUUCAGAGUACAUGCCUAAUGAUACCCUUACCAAGCAUCUGUUUCAUUGGGAGAAACAAACCAUGGAGUGGGCUAUGCGGUUGAGAGUUGCACUUUAUGUAGCUGAAGCUUUGGAAUAUUGUAGACAGAGUGGACGCACAUUGUACCAUGAUCUCAAUGCUUACCGGGUUCUCUUUGAUGAGAAUGGGAAUCCUCGGCUUUCAUGUUUUGGGUGGAUGAAAGAUAGCAAAGAUGGCAAAAACUUCAGCACGAAUCUCGCUUAUACACCGCCUGAAUAUCUUAGAGAUGAGAGUGUUGUCUUCAGCUUUGGGACGUUUCUUUUGGAUCUUGUUAGUGGUAAACAUGUCCCUCCAAGUCAUGCCGUUGACACAAUUCAAAAACAAAACUUACCUGUCUUCAUAGAUUCACACUUGGAAGGAAACUAUCCAGACGAAGAAGCAGCCACUGUGUUUGAAUUAGCUUCAAAAUGCCUAGAGAAUAACCCAAAGGACAGGCCGGAGGUUAAAGAUAUCAUCUCAGUUCUUGCUACACUUCAACACAAGCUAAAUGUUCCCUCCUAUGAAAUGCUUGGGAUUUCGAAACUCGAAAACCCCGAAAAAGAACCUGAGAGUUCUCAACUUUACGAUGCUUCUCACCGUAUGGACCUCACAGCUCUUCAUCAGAUUCUUGAGGCAGCAGAUUACAAUGACGACGUCACUUGUGAGCUCUCUUUUCAGCAGUGGUCUCAACAGAUAAAAGAUGUGUGGAACACUAGACAACAAGGCGAUUCGGCUUUUCGGAACAAAGAUUUUCAAUCUUCUAUUGAAAAAUAUACUCAGUUCAUAGAAACAGGGAUCAUGAUCUCUCCCACUGUUUAUGCAAGAAGAAGUAUUUGUCAUCUCUUCUGUGACCAGGCAGAUGCAGCACUCAGAGAUGCGAUGCAAGCACAGUGUGUUUAUCCGAACUGGCCCACUGCGCUCUAUCUUCAGGCUGUGGCACUUGCAAAGCUGAAUAUGCUAGAAGACUCAGGUACCAUGUUAAAAGAAGCCAAGAUCUUGGAAGACAAGAGGCUCAUAAACUGAAACACAUUGCAUUAUACUUCAAAGUAUUUGUGUUGAAAAAUAGAACAAGAAAUUUAUGUGUAUGCUGAAGAGUAGCUGGAAGACUUAUAUGAACACAAAUCAUCUGUAUAACAGUUUGUAAGGUGUUAAGAUAUUGCUUCACAAUAUUCUCUACCAUUGUAUACUAUGUAGGUUCAAAUAUUUUUAUCCAUUGUAUACUAUGUAGGUUCAAAUAUUUUUAACCAAAGUAACCAAACCACUUGAUUUAAUUUGUAUUUUAUA